UGCCAAUUGCCGAAGAAAAAGUCGACCGUAAAAUUGCCUAUAUAUUUUUCGACUGUUUGUUCUUAGUUUCUCUUUCUUGGUCCGUCCUUCUCUCUCCUAGCAGUGGCCGUCCAAGUUUUGGAAUCUAAGGCGGCCGGCGGGAACACAGUGCGAUCGAUAGCUUGGAAACAAAAUGUCUCUGGUUGAUGAGCCACUUUAUCCAAUAGCAGUGCUUAUAGACGAGCUAAAAAAUGAUGACAUCCAACUAAGGCUAAACUCAAUUCGCAGGCUGUCAACCAUAGCACGUGCUCUUGGGGAGGAGCGAACCCGGAAGGAAUUAAUUCCAUUUUUGAGUGAAAACAAUGAUGAUGAUGAUGAGGUACUCCUUGCAAUGGCAGAGGAGUUGGGAGUGUUCAUACCCUAUGUUGGUGGGGUGGAACAUGCCAAUGUAUUGCUGUCACCUCUGGAGACACUUUGCACUGUUGAGGAAACCUGUGUAAGAGAUAAAGCUGUGGAAUCACUUUGUAGAAUUGGAUCUCAAAUGAGGGAGAGUGACUUGGUUGAUUGGUUUAUCCCUUUGGUGAAGAGACUGGCAGCGGGUGAGUGGUUUACUGCCCGAGUCUCAGCUUGUGGACUAUUUCAUAUUGCAUACCCAAGUGCACCUGAAAUGUUGAAGACGGAAUUGAGGUCAAUAUACAAUCAGCUGUGUCAAGAUGACAUGCCCAUGGUUAGAAGGUCUGCUGCAUCCAAUCUUGGAAAAUUUGCUGCAACUGUUGAAUAUGCUUAUCUGAAGGCGGAUGUCAUGUCAAUUUUUGAGGAUCUUACACAGGAUGAUCAAGAUUCUGUUAGAUUGUUGGCUGUGGAGGGUUGUGCUUCUCUUGGCAAGCUGUUGGAGCCUCAAGAUUGUGUUGCUCAUAUCCUCCCAGUUAUUGUCAACUUCUCUCAGGAUAAAUCUUGGCGAGUGCGUUACAUGGUUGCAAAUCAAUUGUAUGAGCUCUGUGAAGCUGUAGGGCCUGAACCUACCAGGGCUGAAUUGGUCCCUGCUUAUGUUCGGUUACUUCGGGAUAACGAGGCUGAAGUACGUAUAGCAGCUGCUGGAAAAGUGACAAAGUUUUGCCGGAUUUUAGAUCCAGAUCUUGCAAUUCAGCAUAUUCUUCCUUGUGUAAAGGAACUGUCAUCAGAUUCUUCACAACAUGUUCGAUCUGCUUUGGCUUCAGUGAUAAUGGGAAUGGCUCCAGUUUUAGGAAAGGAUGCAACAAUUGAGCAGCUCCUUCCAAUUUUCCUUUCCCUUCUGAAGGAUGAAUUUCCUGAUGUGCGCUUAAACAUUAUAAGCAAACUCGAUCAAGUGAAUCAGGUUAUUGGAAUCGAUCUAUUAUCUCAAUCUUUGUUGCCAGCAAUUGUUGAGCUUGCUGAGGAUAGGCAUUGGAGAGUCAGGCUUGCGAUAAUAGAAUAUAUCCCCUUGUUGGCAAGUCAAUUGGGUGUUGCAUUUUUUGAUGACAAGCUUGGCGCUCUCUGCAUGCAGUGGUUGCAGGAUAAGGUUCAUUCAAUUCGUGAUGCGGCUUCUAACAACCUGAAGCGUCUUGCAGAAGAAUUUGGUCCUGAGUGGGCUAUGCAGCACAUAAUUCCGCAGGUUUUGGACAUGGUCAACAAUUCACACUACUUGUAUCGCAUGACAAUACUUCGCACUGUCUCUAUGCUUGCUCCUGUUAUGGGCCCUGAAAUCACUUGUUCAAACUUGUUGCCUGUUGUGAUUACUGCAUCAAAAGACAGGGUGCCCAACAUAAAGUUCAACGUGGCCAAGGUUUUAGAGUCCAUCUUCCCCAUAGUUGAUCAGUCUGUGGUGGAGAAGACUAUUCGUCCCUGUCUGGUUGAGCUCAGCGAGGACCCAGAUGUGGACGUGCGAUAUUUCUCUAACCAAGCACUUCAUGCGAUUGAUCAUGUGAUGAUGUCUAGCUAGGAUGGAGCUUGUUACAGGCAUUUUGAUUCAGCAACUUCCUGUAGAGAUAUUUAUGUGCCCUCCUGUUACAAUUCUUAAUACAUGGUGCUUUUUAUCCUUU